GUUCCUUUGUUACCGAUGUGGAACAUCGGUCUACUCACGAAACUCUUACCACUAACGCCAGGAGCAGCCCACCACCAUUUAUUCCAGCUCUCAAUUGGGCCGAGCUGCAGCGGGCUUGAUUCGGGUUUCCCCUUGGCAGUCGGCUUCCAACCUCGUCGUCUCCACCUCCACUCUCGUCAUCUUGUCGCCAAACAUCCUCGCCUGACUCCGUCCUCGCCGUUCUUGAGGAUCUCCAAGAUGACCAUUGCCACGGAUUCGUACCGGAGAUCCACCUCCCAGACCAUGCAAUCCAGUCCCAUGAAGUCGAGCAUGACUGGAGUGGCCGGGGAUCGGAAGAAACCCUUCUUGAUUGGCGUAGGCGGAGGAACGGCAAGUGGCAAGUCCACGGUAUGCGAGAAGAUCAUGAAUGAGGUGGUGGAACGGCAAAACGGGACCGAGCGGCAGAUCAUCGCGUUGUCUCAGGACUCUUUCUACAAAGAGCUCGAUGCCAAAGAAAUCCUCAUGGCCGAGAAGGGCACCUUCAAUUUCGAUCAUCCAGAUGCCUUUGAUCACGAGCUAAUGCUACAAUGUCUACGAGAAAUCCAGAACGGGAAGCCCACCAAAGUUCCCGUCUACGAUUUCAAGACGAACUCGCGGAAGAAAGGCGAGUUCACUAUUGUCUAUCCCUCGGACGUAGUCUUACUGGAGGGAAUCCUGGUUUUUUAUCACAAGGACGUUCGCGAGCUAUUCGAUAUGAAACUCUUUGUGGACACGGACGCCGAUACUCGACUAGCUCGACGAGUACUGAGAGACAUCGAAGAUCGCGGUCGAGACUUGGAGCACAUCAUCUUGCAGUACACUACAUUGGUCAAGCCGGCUUUCGAAGAGUUCUGUUUGCCGACGAAGAAAUUUGCCGAUGUCAUCAUUCCUCGUGGAGCUGAUAAUACAGUGGCUAUUGAACUUGUUGCACAGCACAUCCAGGAUAUCAUCUGGAGCCGGAUUUCCUCUAGCAAAAGUGGAUCACCAUUCACACGCUCGCGUUCCAAUUCGGAUUCCAUGAUCCGAUAAUUUAGAAAUUGCAAAUCUAAGCAAGCGACACACAAAACGAACGAUAUCGAUAUCUCGCGCGCACACACACGCCCUCGCUCGCUUUUGAGCCAAUCUGGGAAUCGAGUCUUGUUUGAAGGAAAAAAAGAGCCAUCAACUAUUAUUGUCCCUUCUUGUGCCUUUGUAUUCACGAGUUUUUGUAAUUUUCCAUGUCUGGAUUGUCGUGGGGGGAGAUGGAGAAGGCGGUACUUGUAAACUUUAUAUUUUAUAUCCUGUAAGUGUAUGUCUUUCGUGCCAAAAAGAAGAAGAAAAUAAGCAAUCACCAUCCUGUCAUAAAGGCUAUUAUUAUCCUCAAGGAAUAUGGCCAUCCAAAGCAUUAUAAGAUCGUUCUCCUUUACAUAUCUAACUACCGCCUAUUUCUACUUUCUUAAUCCGUUCCAUCCAUCAACCAACUUCACCUACCCUCGAAUGAAGAAGUAUGAACUACAAAUAAACGCCAUUCACGCUUA